UGAACACAGCGUGCAGUUAGUAAGCUGGCAGUUUUCGUUAAGUAAACAACUAAUCCAGUCCGCUGUGUGACAACUGUUUUUCGGCUCUAUCGUACGUUUUGCCAAGCGUGAUCGUGUGCCGUUGUUGGAGAAAUCUAAUUUUUCUAUUACCUUUGGUGGAUGGUUGUGAAUUUGGUUAACCAGUUAAGCAAAAAUUGGUACAUACGUGUGUGAAAAAUGUGCGAAAUAUUUUGUUUAACGCGACCAAAGGAUUAAACGCAAGGUUAUUAAACAGUGAGAAAAAUUUUAAAAAGUGAAUAGGAAGUGCUGAUUUUUACGUGCAUAGAGGUGAUUUUUUUUCUUUUUAUGACAAACAAGCAUGCAAACAGUGUAACUUUUUUAAAUAGGUAAAUCUAUUUAAGUGCUUUUGUGUGUGCUCAACAAUCGGUGGCACUAUUUUGUUGCUGAAACUGCAACAAAUGAACGAAAACAGUCUUUUGGGAAAGAAAUUUUUUUUUUAAACCAACUGUAUAAGUUUGCAGACUAAGGCAUAAAAAUAACGAAUUGGUAGAAAAGGUGCAACGUGUAAGUUUGGAUGGAAAAUCCUAGAUCCUGCAUUAAUCAAUAUUUGCUGUGAAUUGUGUAACCGUGUGCAAAUUGCAAACAGAAUUGUUGGUGCAAAACAUGUUUGUGGUGGUGUAGUACGACAACGGCAUCAAUUUAGUGACGAGUUGCAUUAAAGUGUAGUAAAAAGUUUUGGUUCCACUACCGGUGGAAAACCAUAAUUGCCUUAAAAUUUCUACAAUACUUAUUGGAAGUGAAAUCGACUACAUGUUGGCGACAACCGCCAACAGUGACAUGGCGCCGCCAGACGGGCCCAUGCAAUACGACUCGAAAUGGCCAUCGAUGAACAUCAUCAGCAUGCCGACCAAGAUCAAGCAGGAGGGUUUCAACGUAUUAAGUCAUCUGGACGUUUACCAUCCCCUUGCAGUAUCAUUACCGGCGUACGAUCAGGUGAAAUCUUCAUCGCCCUCCUCCCUUCAGCAACUGCCGACCGUGAUCGAGCGCCUGCACGAAGAACCAGGAGGUUCUCCCGAUCAUCAACACCAACAUCAUGCACAACAGCAACAUCAACAGCAACAUCAGCAGCAACAACAACAACAGCAACAACUUCAUCAUAAUAUAGGAUCGCUGGCACUAUCUUCCAAAGCGCCCACUCAAGGACCAGACGAUCUUCCAAGCAAUAGCUUAGUAUCAGACGAUCUACAUGGUGGACAGAUACCGGCGACGCUACCACAACCAAACUCCACUAACAACAACAACAACAACAACAAUAGCCACACGCCCAAUCAGAAUCAAUCCACUAGCAAUCAGAGCUCCACAAAUGCGACCACCACCAACGGGACAGGAUCAGCGGUCAGCAACAGUAGUACCAACAACAGUAGCAGUCUUUCCACAUACGACUGCAGCUCCACCACAAGUCCCACGGGCAGUCGCAACUCCAAUGUCAAGCCACCGUACAGCUAUGUGGCGUUAAUAGCGAUGGCGAUACAGAGCUCGCAAAUGAAACGUGCGACGUUGAGUGAAAUCUACGGUUACAUCACCUCGCGGUUUCCGUACUACGAGAAGAACAAGAAAGGCUGGCAAAACUCGAUUCGUCACAAUCUCAGCCUGAAUGAGUGCUUCGUCAAGAUCCCACGGGAGGGUGGUGGCGAGCGUAAGGGUAACAACUGGACGCUGGAUCCACAGUAUGAGGACAUGUUCGAGAACGGAAAUUACAAGCGACGCCGGCGGAUGAAGCGUCCGUAUCGGACCGGUCACUAUUCGAAAAUGUUCGGCGACUCGUACGUGACCAACCCGGGCAACUUUGGUCAUCGACCGGUGUUUGCACAGAAUCCAUAUCAGACUUAUCCGCGAUACGAUGCUGGGGCGCCCUGGAUGCCAACGACUCAGCUCAGCAGCUACACGUCCUGUUCCAGCCGAACUAACUACUCUUACUCAACGCCGUAUAAUUUUUCACAGCUACAACAAACGGUACAACCGGUCACGAUCAACACGUACGGAUCGCUAUCAAAUAAUUUGGAUACCUUCGCCGUUUCGGGCAGCACAACACCUCCAUGCGCGCGUCGCUUUGAGCCACACUACCCCUAUUGGGAUACGACUUUGCCACUUCCGGUAGUUAAAGAUGAGCCCACGAAUCAGAUGAGCGUUACCUCGUCACAGCAGAACUCCUACCAGAAGUCUUACCUAUCUCAACCCUAACGGCUAAUGGUCAGUGACGUGUUGAGCGUUUCGGACCCGACUGAUGGUGUAACGGGCGAUUCACAAUCUUGUGACGACAGCAUCAUGCGUAAUCUUUGGCAACUAUCGUCAUAUCACCGUCGGCGUUUGCUUCUGGGUGAUUCUUUGAAGAGCUUUUAAAGCGUACUUCGAAGGUACAAUAAAUGCGUAAAUAAACGCAAAAAAGAUGGACAAAUCUUUGGAGAGUUUAUCGUUUAAACUGAAUCCCCAAAGAUAUGUAUUUGAUGUCAGCUAUGUAAAUUUGUUUGUUGCACCCCUUAAAGUAAGUUUGUUUGUUUAAAACAAAUCCGUAAGGAUUAACUCAUCUCCUUUCCGAAACGGGAAUGUAAGCGCAAACCUUUUAAUCUCGUUGGCAGUGGAGCAUAGUCUUUUACCGAAUAAAAAGUUUUUGCUCAUAGGAACUACUGUUCAACAAAUAAAUUUUGAGCUUUUUAUUUAUUGAACUACGCAUGCAGUUAGACAGAAGCUUAUUACUUCGCAAAACAAUAUUCAUGAACCAAUUACGAAGGCUUUGAAUUGGAGUUCAAUCAAGGAAGUAUGCAAAUUACCGUCCAAAAUUACUACUGCUUGUUAGAAAUGGAGCCAAGAAUUCUUUUUUACUGGGGUAACAAAAGGUUUAAACGUUAGGUAAAUAAAUUCUUAGUAAUCGUAUGGUUAGUUCUGCACUGUACAGACAUCAAUGUGAACAUUAAAUAAAGCGUAAUGUAUAGUAAAAUACUGUCAAACAAAUAAACAAAUAAUUCUCUAGCGUUUCAUUCAUCGGA